AUGGCUGAGAACCACACUGAGGAGGUGGUGCAGCAGCACAACCACUUAGAGUGGGAGGUGUUGCUACAGCAGCAGCAUGACACAACACUUGACUACCAUGACGAAGGUGAUCUGAGUGAGGACAAUGAUGCUAGCAAAGAGGAGGAAGAGCAGGGUGAGAAACAAGAGGUAAACCCAGAGCAUCAAGACUACCUUGAGGAGGCUCUACAUGUUCCCAUUGACAACACAUUCAACUUCUCUCAAGAAGAUGAGCUCGAGUUCUAUCAAAACAAACUACCCCAAGUGUUUCAAGACCACCCAGAAAUUUUUCACAAUGUGCUUGAAGGUCUGUGGUUCACCAUCAGUCAAGCAGCUGCCAAACAUUCUGAAGAUGAAUACCCAGGUCUCAACAACUUCAUUCAUACAGUACCAAUAGUUCUCAAACAACUUGGUCUCACAAUGAAUGACUUCAUUGUCUACCUCUGCAUAUGUAAUGUCUGUUGGGUAGUACACCAUCCAUUCACAAUAUCCGAUCUCACAUUGCCAGGCUGCACUGUCAACAACUGUCUGGGUGUCAUAUACAGAGAGAAAAGGCUAGCUAAUGGUCAGCUCAAACACACACCUGUCAAAACAGUUCCAUAUAUUCCCCUUGAAUGUGCAAUCCAACUGCUCCUGCUUCGACCUGGGAAGUGGGAGCAGCUGCAGCACUGGAGAGGUCCAGGCAAUCAACUAGGACCUUGUCUGCCAUCUAUUGCUACAGGAUACAAUGUGUUCCAGACCCUCACACACCCAUGA